AUGGACGAGGCUCGACCCAGCCGCAGGGGCGCCACACCCGCCCUACCCGACCAAGGCGAGCACGACUUUGGCAGCUCGUCCGCCCGCUUCUUCCAGCCCAGCGCCAAGGCAGGCGCCAAGGCAGACGCCAGCGGCAGUGCAGGCGACCGCGACUUUGGCAGCUCGGCCGACCGCUUCUUCCAUAGCCACUACACCGGCGACGCGCGGGACCUCCUGGCGCCCUCCACCGAGAGCGUAGACGAGGCCGAGGCCGAGGCUGGUCUGGACCGCGACUUUGGCAGCAGCACGUCGGCGCUCUUCCGCAGUAGUGAGCAGCCGGAUGAAGGCCACCGCAUGUGCGGGAUGGUGGCCAACCUGCUCAAGUCGCGCGGCAUGCGGAAGGAGGAGUCGGCAGACGACGUCUGUCGCUCAGUCUCCGGCACCGACCAGACCUCCUGUAAUUUCUUCGUGCGCGCGUUCGGAUCGGACAUCCUGCAGAAGCUCGGCGAGGAGCCCAUCGACGACAUCUGCGACGAGCUCGACUAUGCCAAGACGCGCCCUCCCGGCUGCACGGCCAGAGCGACGCCGCCAAGCUCGCCAACAUCCAAGCCGGCGAGGACGCCCGACGGCGACCCGACCAGGGACAGCGCGCCGACGGCGAACCUGGACGAAGGCGCGCGCGUGCUGUCAGUCAGCCGCGCGCGAACGCCGUGGGGCGGCAGCGCGGGCCUGAACAAGGGCGGCCGGUCGAUGCCGGUGGUGAGCUCAGCCCAGCAGAAGGAGGUUGGCUGGGACACGGUCGACCCGCACAACGAGGGCCACCCGGCCGCCAGCUCAGGCCGCGCCGGGCUCAAGGGCCUUGGCGUCAACAUGGAGGGCCAAUGA